UGUGUCUUUUGUUCUGUUGCCUUUGGAGCUUAGCCAACCCUUGGUUGGAUCCCCUUUGAAUUCUUCAUCAAAGAUUUUAAGGAAUUCUUUUUUUCCUGAGUUUGAUUGAUCAUUUCAAAGGGGUCCAGCUAUGGGUGCUAGCCGAUAAUCAGAGGAUAUUCAUACAACACAAUCUUUCAUUGUUUCUAGAUUUGCAUAGAUUUUUCACUCUGAAUUCUUCUGAUAUUUUUGGGAUGUGGAGAGAUCCUGGAACACCAGCUGAUUCUUUCUAUGAAACCCGUCCGGAAUGCACCGAUGUUCCCAAGUCUCGAUUUAGAAUCAAGGCUGGUAAAACUCUAAGUGCAAAAAGGUGGCAAGCUGCAUUUUCUCCAGAAGGGUAUUUGGAUAUAGGCAAGACUCUUAGCCGAAUCCACCGCGGGGGAAUCCAUCCAUCAAUUAGAGGAGAAGUUUGGGAAUUUCUACUCAGUUGCUAUGAUGCCAAGAGUACAUUUGAGGAAAGAGAGGAAAUAAGGCAGCGUCGAAGGGAGAAAUAUGCUGAAUGGAAGGAAGAAUGUCGCCAAUUGUUUCCGCUCGUGGGAAGUGGUAAAUUUAUCACAGCACCUGUGGUUACUGACGAGGGUCUACCGAUUCAAGAUCCAAUUGUUCUGUUAGAAAAUAAUCCAGAAAAUGGAGUGAUUGUACCGGUUCCGGAGAUAGGUAGUACAAACACUAUAAAUGCAGCAAAGAAGGUGACAGACAAAAAAGUAAUUCAAUGGAUGUUAACUCUACAUCAGAUAGGUCUUGACGUGAUUCGAACCGAUAGGACACUGGUUUUUUAUGAGAAGAAAGAGAAUUUGUCAAAAUUAUGGGAUAUUCUCGCUGUUUAUGCUCGGAUAGAUACAGAUGUUGGCUACGGUCAAGGAAUGAGUGACCUAUGCUCUCCUAUGAUAAUACUUCUUGAUGAUGAAGCUGAUGCUUUCUGGUGUUUCGAGCGUCUGAUGCGUAGAUUACGAGGAAAUUUCAGAUGCACCAAUAACUCUGUCGGGGUGGAAGCUCAACUAAAUAAUUUGGCUUUGAUUACUCAAGUAAUUGAUCCAAAACUUCAUCAACAUAUAGAACAUAUUGGAGGAGGUGACUAUCUGUUCGCUUUUCGGAUGCUCAUGGUUCUAUUUCGUCGAGAAUUCUCGUUUUGCGAUUCAUUGUAUCUUUGGGAGAUGAUGUGGGCUCUAGAAUAUGAUCCCAACGUGUUCUGGUUGUAUGAAGAAUCGGAAGACACUUCUGAAAAAUCUGAUGAAUCGAAAGCAAGAUUAAAGUCAAUUCGUCAUUAUGGAAAGUUCGAGAGAGAAAAUAUGAGAAACGGAGCAAAGAAUACAGAAGAACCUCCUCUUCCCAUAUCGAUUUUCCUUGUUGCUAGUGUGUUGAAAGAAAAAAGUGCAACACUACUUCAGCAAGCACGAGGUCUAGACGAUGUUGUCAAGAUAUUGAAUGACACAAAUGGAAAUCUAGAUGCCAAAAAGGCCUGCAUGGCAGCACUGAAACUUCACAAGAAAUAUCUGAAAAAGGCCAAGAAACCCUAACCCCGGGUAUAGCAUGUUUGUUUUUUCGCUGAUCAAGAGAUGUGUUCUUCCUGCAUGGCACCCUUUGUUUAAGGUUGGAGUUCCUCAUAAAAUUUGGAUUAGGUUUUACAGAAUUCAAAAAGGAAUCCAACCAUCAAAUCUUAGAUGAGCAACAAAUGGUGUUGUAUGUUGAGUUAAAUUCUUUUUCUUUUGUGUAUCUAAAAUAACAAAACUUGUGCAUUAAGUUAUUAUGUUCAACCAUUGUAAAAUAUGUAUACGAUCAUACAAAAAAAAGGGUAAAUAAAAAAGGGAAUAACCAUCUGUGUCAACAAAAUCGAUGUUGACAUUCAUU